AUGACAGAAGAGAACGCAAAGUGUAUUAAUAUUAUUUCAAGAUAUGCUGUGCAUUGUAUUGUUUAUGAUAAUGUUCAUAGUUGUCGUAGAGCUUUUUGCAAUUUUCAUGCACAAGUGGAAAGUCAAAAAGAGAAAGAAGCAAAAAAAAUUGUUAUCAGCUUGGGGAAUCACGUAAUGGCAAACCAUAUUAAGAAUUAUUUUCUGUUGAUUCAGCCACCAGCAUGUUGA